AUGAGUACCAAUCCCCCACUUAACGGCUCAGUCUCUUCCCUUUCAUCCGGUCAAGGAAUGUAUCAAACGUUUCAAUCAGUUCAACCACCACCUUCACUGCAAUACCAACAACAGUACCAACAACAAUACUCACAACAAGUAUAUCGUCCUCCUUAUCAACAAUACCAACAAAACCAACUCCAACAAAUUCCACAACAAACACAAGUCCAAAGAGGAAUACAAACACCACAAAGCACAUUACAACAACCACCACCCGCACCACAACCACCUCAACAAUUAAAACAAAAGGCCGUUCAACCUCAAAUCAAACCUCAACAACAAUGGAGAGAUCAAAGCCCACAAAUGCAACAGCCACCAAGGCAACUUCAAGCUCAACUCCAACCACAACAAAUUCCAAAUCAAGUCCAAAGUCAACAAGGACAACCUCAGGCACAAUGGAGAGAUCAACAGGCGCAACCAUCUCAAUCACAACAAACAAGACCACAACAAGGGUCACAACAAAGCGAUAUGUAUUAUUUACAAAACAUGAUUAAACAAUAUUUUCAAUUUUACUACGACGAUGACACAAUUGUGAGAGAGUUAAUGAAGAAAAGCGUGCCACAAGACACGACGCGAUAUAUUCUCGCGAAAAUGCGAGAACAAAAUCCUGAAUAUUUCAAAGCAUAUGAAAUCAGAUUGACGAUUAAAGACCAAAUAGAUCGAUUUAAUAAACUAAUACAACACCACCAAUUAGUGAACGGAGCAGGUGAAAUGCCCCAACAACAACAACAAUUGGAAACGGACUAUCAAAAACAACAAUAUCAACAACAACAACAACAAAUGUAUCAAGAUUAUCCAUGUGCAAAUUCAAGUUGCCUUGGGUUUCUACAACAAAGUGAACAACAGUCACAGAGUGGGUUUUAG